AUGGGCGUUCUGAGUAAAUUUUGUAGUAACGUUCUUGGAUUAAAAGUUUACACGGCAGAUUGCCACGAGUUUGGUCACACUUGGAAUCCAGGAUGUUAUAGCGCUAUUUUAGAUGCCUUCUUACCAUCCUGUUCUUUCUCCUUCAAGACUUACUCACUCGUCUACUUUCUGGAUGCAUUUCUUUCCCGCAGAUUAUUGUCAAAAGGCGACUUGUUGAGAAUUCUGAAGGAUACCGCUCGAUCUUCUUUGUUUUUGGUCGUUAAUGUGGCUGCGUUUUUGUGGUUCAUGUGUCAAAUAAGGCGCUUGCUUGGGUUUUUUGUGUUACCGACGAUGGGACUUACAAAUGGUAUAUUAGCUUCAUUUCUGUCAAUUUUUAUCGAAAAUCCUCGGAGACGUCCGAUGCUUGCACUUUACCUUAUGAAUCUGGCAUCUGAAACAGCCUUCCACCAGUUGGUUAAUCACGGUUAUUUGAAAUACGUUCCUAAAGGUCAAAUCCUUCUAUUUUCUUUCGGUAUUGGAGGCUUUGUUUAUUUGCUACGGAAGAACCAACUUUCACACAAAAUAAAGAACCUUUUAAACUUUACUCAUCAUACCGAAGACCGGGAGGAUGUUAUCUCCAAAAAAGUUUUACAGAAACAGCAUGCAUUUGUUGAAAAAGCAGUUUACUUCCUGCGUACUCGUUUCUCUAAGCACCAGUUUUGUAAACAUCGAUAUUCUUGUUUGAGUAGAAGUCUUGAGGUAAGUCGUUUUACCCAUGUAAAUUAUUCAAGCAGAAAGAAUUCACCAUACCUUACAUUUUGGUGGGAACUGUCAUCUGUAAAACAAUAGCU